CUCAUAACUUAGUGAUUAAUUACUCUGUGUCUGUGACUUUUGUUUUUAAUUUUAUCCAACUUUAAAUUUUAAUAUUUAAUUAAUUAUUUAGUAAACUUUUUAUUAAUAGUCAAAUUUAACAUCAUUUAUUAAAUGUUGUAGGGUUUAUACAUUUUAAUAUAGAACCUCAAGAUAUAUUUUAAGUCGUUAAAGUAUGUCGAGUAAUUGUGUGUUCACGAAUCCUGAGUGCUUGCCAGUGGAGCUAUUAAGUAUUGCGGUUACAAAUGCGGGUAUUAUACAACAAAUCAAAGCACUGGAUCCAUAUUGGGUGGAGAAAAGGGAGCUGAUAUUGUAUGAGAAUCCACCGUCAGGCAAUGCUAUAGUGUUGGGAGCUAUUUCAGCAUGGAGUACAAAGAUGAAAGUGUUUUUAGAUAAUUUGAAAUGGUUGCUUAGUUUAGAACAUCAUAGGUUUUGGAGUACAGUCCUGUAUCAUCCCCAAUGUAUGGAUAGCUUAGUGUCAUUUUUACAGGAGGCUAACCCUCCAUACAUACCAAUGCAUGAUAAUAGGGAAGUGCAAAAGUUAUAUGAAGAUGUAAGGAGACUAGUGCUUAUUGUAUUUAGCAGACUUGUUACAAACAAAGAGAGCAAGACACAAUGGAUGACCAAGGAAUACAUGGCGGACAUAUUGUACAACAAUUUUAUAUUUACAAUACCAAUUAUAUGGGACAUCUGUCUGACGUACGGCGUGGACAACAGUCGGCACGUGUCGCGUGUGCUCGAGAGUGUGUUCGCAGUGCAGCCCAGGUAUGAAGGUGAUGCCACUGCUGCGGUCGCGUUUGUGAAUGAGACCUUCAAAUACAUAAUCCUACAAGUCAACAAAGACUAUGACAGCGAUGACCCUCCCAACUUGCCUGAAACAUUCAAAGGGUUCAGCGAGAUAAGGCGGCCAACAAACUCAAGGAGCCAGGAUAAGCUCACAUUAGAUAUGAUAAAGGAUCUGGUAAUGCAUUUGUUGGACACUGCGAUGACGCUGAGGAUAUUCCUGGAGGUCUACCCAAAGUGUGUUAAAAUAUUUAGGAAAACGAAUUUUGUAAUUAGUAUAGUCCAAUUGUACGAGUAUGGAGUGCCGCUGUUGUACGAGCGGUUGCAGGAGGUCGGCGGGGAAACGCAGGAGGUGUCCUCGUACGUAGACGCAGCCCGUGCCGAGCUCGUCGACUGUUUCCGGGAAAUGUUGGCCAUCUACAAGAGCGCUAUAUUUAGUGACGAAAGCAACGUAUCGACACACGUGGAGGAUUUUCUGGCGGUGAUGAUGGACGGGCUGUCGGAGAAGCUGCUCAUCCGCGACUACCACGCCUGCUACCCGGUGCACGAGGACUUGGAGAUGCUGCGGCAGGUGUACCCUGAUAUUGAUUCCGUGAAGACUGAUUUUAUAUUACAAGCAAUUUAUUCUAACCUCGACGAGCCUAUACCUGAAACUGUUAAGCACAACGAGGCCCUAUCAAACGGCCGUAUUGAAACCAUAGAGAAUCAAGAGGCCGGCCCUUCCACAGACAACGAAAUACCGGACAAUAUUAGACAGGACUCUUUGAUAAGUGAAGUGAAAGAUAUUUUACCACAUUUAGGCGAUGGCUUCAUAUUGAAAUGUUUGGAACACUACGGUUUUAAUUCUGAGAGAGUUAUAAAUAGUAUACUGGAAGAUAAUUUGGCAGAGCAUUUGAAAAAAUUAGACCAAUCUCUACCAAUAGUGCCGGAGGAUCCACUCGACAACCACUUCCUGGAGACGGGCAUACAGCGUCUGAACGUGUUCGACGGCGACGAGUUCGACAUUAUGACCCGCGACGACGUCGACCUGUCCAGGAUACACGUAGGCAAGAAGAAGUCCAAGUACAAGGACCUUAAAGAGAUGUUGGACGAUAAAAUGGACGUGAAGCAGAGGAUUGAUAUAUAUAGCAAAUACAACCUGGUGUGCGAGGAGACGGCGAUGUACUCGGACGAGUACGACGACACGUACGACGCGGACGGCGCGGACGGCGUGGAGGCGCCGCCGGGAGCCGAGCCCGACGACGAGCGGCGGCCGUUCGUGGCGCCGCGCGUGCUGCAGGCCGCGCGCCGGCGGCCGCAGGAGGAAUCUGAGGAAGAGUCAGAGGUGGAAGAAGAAAAACCAAGCAGUAGUGAAAGAAACAGAUUGGACUUUUGCUCGAACCCAGAGGAGGUUCGCGCGAGGAGAGAAGCUAACUUCCAAGCUAGGAGAGGGAAGGGAUACAGGCCACCACCUCCAAGAAACGUGGACGUGGUGGGUAAACCCAAGGGCCAAGGUCAAGAGAAGGAGGUGUUACACAACCGAGACAAAAAAGAGAAGCACAAGUCGUCGCGCGCCAACCACAAUCGACGGCAGGGGGCGCAGUGGAAGCGGACCCAAGGACUUGUACCCUCAUAGGACUGUGUUAUCUCAGUGUUGUUCCCUGUUCAUGUACUGGAUUGUGCCCCAAGAAAUUUAUUAUUCUGUGAAAAAUUAAUCAUAGCAACAUAACGGAAGACACGAGUGGAUGAAGGUGAUAUGUCGUAUUUUUGAAUUUUCGUUGUUAUAUGCAUAGAUUAAGGUGUUAUAUCGUCGUUGUGCAGCGAAAAUUCAUUAGCUACAAAAACAGAUUCUGAGAAUAAUCGCGUUUGAAUAUUUUUCACGUAAAAGUCGAUAUAGCUUCUAGAUAGAUAGAUAGAUAAUUUAUUUACAUUACUUAUAGCACACAAAUUACAAUAAAAAAUAAUAAUACACAUAAUACACAGCAAAAGAGAUAAAAGAAUGAAAAUAAAAAAGCACAAAUAAAAAAAAAAAAACAAAAUAUAUAAACUAACAAUCUUCUUUCUUUCCCUUCCUUCAUGCGUGUGCCAUAGUAACACAAAAUGGCCACAGCUCAGUUUAUUGCUUUGCCCUUAAAAGAGCAAAACACUGAUAUUCUGUUGUGGCCAAAAGUGACCCGCGAAAUACACAGGUAAAAUUUUUGUCUGUCUGUCUGUCUGUCUGUAUGUUCGUUAUAGAAACAAAAAAUACUCGACGGAUUUUAUCAAAACUUGAUACAAUUAUUCUUCAUACUCCCGGGCAGGUUAUAGUAUACUUUUCAUUACGCUACGAUCAAUAGGAACAGAACGGUGAAGGGAAAUGUUGGGAAAACGGGAGAAGUUACUCCAUUUUUAAGCUUCCGUCGCGUGUGCAGCCUUAAUGGCCACUUUUUAAAAUGUAAAAAUGUCCACCCGUGCGAAGCCGGGACGGGCCGCUAGUAUAUUCUAUAUUAAUAUUCUUAAGUUCUCUAGCAAAACAGUUUUUAAGUAAUCAAUUAGAAAAGUUGAAAAUUCUUUGUUUUUCAAAAUUGACAGUCGACUGCAACGUUGCCACACUUAGUUGAGCAAAAGUUAUGAGCUCUCUUGACAUUAAUUUUAUUUUCAUAAAAUAUGUGUAUGACACAUUAUUGUAUUUAAUGCAUGGCUGUGUAUAUUUUACUCAACUAGGUGUUAUCUUGCGGAAGUCCAUAUCACUGGUUAUUAUUGAUUAGAAUUAAUUUUAAAUAUUUUGUUUGACUGCAAACACUCGAAGAAUGAUCACCACUUACUACUAGAAGUUCCACACCUUUCCAUGUCAGCCACAAAUCUCCGACUGCCAUUUCGUCCACGCACGUUUUGCUACAAGUGUUUCACCUCUAAACGAGGCAUAUUCAGACAAAUUAUGAGAUCGCUGCUUGGUGUCUCGCUUAGUGUUUUAACCGUUCAAUCUUCCUUCUUUUACCUUAAACGAUUUACUUACAGAUUAGUUCUAUAGAAAUUUUAUUAAAUUCGAUUCAGUGGUUUAAUUUUUAGACCAAAAUAACUAAUUUUAUCACAAUUGAAGUCUGUGUUUUAGUUGGCUCCAUAAUGGGCCACAAUUUUACACAAAACAAUAAGAAAUUGAUGCAGUGCGAGAGUCCACUCUCAAGCACGAUACUCUGUAAUGUAAGUCGUAAUUUCUAGAAAUAUAAAUUAAUAUUAUUAAUUUAAUAAUAAAAUAAAAUGUACGAAUAGUUGUAAAUAUAAUAAUAAGUAUUUAAUACUAAUGUAAAUAAAUAUGUUUUAUAUUAUAGUAUAGAAUUCACCGGUAACUUAAUGUUUGUAUAAGUUAAUGUAUGCAACCCAUGGGAUAUACAGAAACCAUGGGGUAUUUUAUACGUUCCAAGUAUUAGGUAAUGGAAUUUUUGAAGAUUUCUCCUCCCUGUGUCGUAACAUUUUUCUAUACACAUCGAGUGACCAUUUAUAUAUGUCAUACAAUUUUAUAUUUAUAAUUAAAAAAGUUACAACAUUAACGAAUACUAACAACGAAAACAUAAUAAAAAAUUACAUAUAAUGCAGUUGUGGAAAUGUUGCCAACUUGGGGGAUUUUAAUUCCUUAGUUAGUUAUUUAAAUGGAAAGAAAAAAAAAAUCACCCUUCCGCUACUGUAAAGCUUUUAUAACGAUUUUUUUUUUGAUGAGUGAAAAUGGUAUGGUAACCCCGCCUGCGCUAACGGGAUACGCUGGCGGAGCACCAGUGAUGGGUGAUAGAUGAGGAUGAAAACAGGCCAGUUAGCCCAUCAUGAUGAAUUCAUCAGGAAUUAACCAUAAUAGUUUCCAGGGGGAACCGCGAGGAGGUCGACCUGAUUGGGUAUAUUGCUAGCAAUGGGAUUCCCAGUCUCCAUCACUAACAAUCCCUCCUCCCUCCUUUAUCGUAACGAUUUACCCCCCCAAAUGCCUUACGUAAUACUUGGACGUCCCCACAUGAGACCAUGAAAUGAUGAAAUAAGAGCUGUAUGCAAGGUUAGAAUGAAAAUAAAAUGGAAUGAAAGAAGGACACUUUUAUUUAGGAUAAAGAUCUUUGGCAUUCGUUACUGCCUACCCAGUAAGGGACUGGGAGUGAAGAUAUAUGUAGAAUAUGUAGUUUGGCAGAAUGUGAUUAUUGUGGUGCUACCACAUAACAAGAUUUGAUAACCGGUUUUAAUAGUAUUUCAUAACAUCACAGGGUUAUUACAUCACAGGACAUACUGGGAUAGUGUUACAUUAUCUGUGACAAAAUACACCGAGAUCUGGAGGUAUAAAGUCCAGAUUACACGAUUCUCAAUAGAAAUUGCUUUAUGUAUAACCCCUCACUAUAACGCCCUCAAUGCAAAAGGUCUAUUAAUUUGUACAGAGGAAUAACACCCGAGUCCUCAGGAAUGGCAACGCAUGGGGGGUAUCAUGGGCGAAACAGUAUACUCUGUUAUGACCAUGGUACUGCUCAUGUCUAUAGGCGACGGUUACUACUUUCCAUCAGGUGGGCCGUCAGCUUGUUUGACAUUCUAAGUUGCAUAAAAAAAUUGACGGGA